GCAGAAAGGUCAGCGUCUUGCCUGCUGAAGUGAGCUCGACUGCAAUCAGAGCUGCGGGACAAACGGAGAACAGGGGAAGUUUUGUUAGCAGGCUUUGACUUCAUCAUUGAGGUCAUCUGAGUAAAAAAAAAAAAAAAAAAUCUGCAAAAGGCUGAAAAGGGAGGACAGAGACUAACAAAAGGAGCCCAGACAAAUAAAAAGAAUAUCUUGUCCUUCCAGUACUGAGGUAUCAUGACACAGCAGGUCUGCGGCUCACCGUUCCUCAAACCCUUCUUUCUGAAGACGCCAGUCAGAGUGGUCAGCCCUCUGCAGCAGAGAAGACACACACUCCCCGCCAGCGAGUUCAGGAACCUCACACCACAAGAUGCCAUCAGUGUGUUCGAAAUUGAAAGAGAAGCAUUUGUCUCUGUGUCUGGAGAGUGUCCACUUACCCUGAAUGAAGUGCUUAGUUUCCUGGAUAAGUGUCCUGAGCUGUCACUGGGUUGGUUUGAAGAGGGACAGCUGGUAGCUUUCAUCAUCGGCUCUGGCUGGGACAAGGAGAGGCUUUCACAGGAGGCCAUGACUCGGCACAUCCCAAACACCCCCGCCGUGCACAUCCAUGUGCUGUCAGUGCACCGCCACUGUCGCCAGCAGGGCAAGGGCUCCAUCCUCUUGUGGCGUUACUUGCAGUAUCUGCGCUGCAUGUCGGGCAUCCGCCGAGCUCUGCUGAUCUGCGAGGACUUCCUGGUGCCCUUCUACCUCAAGGCCGGUUUCAAGGAGAAAGGGCCGUCCGCCAUCUCCGUGUCCAACAUGCACUUCCAAGAGAUGGAGUACACGCUCAGAGGGCAGGCGUACGCACGACGGAACAGCGGCUGCUAGUCCCCUCGACCUCCCACCCCACACUCCUACCACUCGCUCACCUCUAACAUGGACUCAGGACAGAAAAGAUUAACAAAACACAUCAGACAGAUGGACAGAUAAAAGGGCCGGUGCGCACUGUCGGCCUGGGUUCAGCAUCCUGAAGUCCCCUUUGACCCACUGAACGAGGUCCAUGUGAGGACAGAGGGGACAAAAAGUGGAUUCACUUCUUCAAGUAACAAAAUGAUGUUUUCCACAAUUAACAUCAUGUCUUAUCAGAGAUCAUAUUUCUUCAUAAAUUAGCUUUGUGAGCUUCAAGUUGUUUUUUUUUCAUUUAUUUAUGCAGCAGUUUAUACUAAAAAAAGAGGCUAUUAUUAGGAAAUAUCCUACUAACACACUCAAAUCUAGAAUUGUGAUUCAAAUACAAGUCUAUUUUUGUAAACCAUGCAAAUCAAAAGUGUGCUGAAUUCACUGUUUGAAAAGCUACACAUUUGGAUUGUCAAAUAUUUGUUGCAUAAAUUUUCUCUGUUUCCAUGUUGCCUAAUUUGAAUAAACUCCGAAACAAUCUUCAGCAACAAUUUUCUGGCAAUUAAGAGAAAGCAGCUGGUAUUUUUGAUUUUGUAGAUUUUUUACUGUUGUUUUCAGUUACAUGUGAGUAGACAGGUAGCUAAAACACUACCGUGUUCAGAACAAUAAUCACUUCUUGAGAAGCAAUAAACAAAUAAAAGAAAACAUUCGAGUGCUCAGCAUAAUGUAACAAAAAUAUGGCAGUAGUUGGUACAUUUAUCAACAAGGCACAAAAGGUAUCAAUAUUUGAUUUGUUGUCCCUGCUUCUGUAUGAGGUUGCCUGAAUAAUAAUAAUAAUUAUAAUAAUAAUUAUAAUAAUAAAACCUAUGUCUGGAG